AUGAUCCCUACUGGUUUUUAUACCUUGGCCUUUGAUAUAUUUCCCACAGAGUCAUUGGUGCUUAGAGGGAACGCAGUUGCAGACUACUACGCAGACACUUUACAGUAUAAGAAUCAAUUGAACCACCCGAAGCUUAAGGAAGGUAACCGGGAUAAGUGGGUACAAAAAGUGAUCGAAAGCUCCGAUUUGUUCACAGAGUUACAAUCAGAGGAACCAGAAUUAUCUCUAGUGAGCGAGGAAAGUGUUGGAGAAGGUUACCAAAAAGUUGUUUUAGACACUGAUAAGGACUACCGCUUUGCUAACAUAGAGGUCACACCUGUGGAUAUGACGAGUGCCGGUACUAGAUCGGCAGAACCUAUAAAAGCCAGGUUGAUCGGCAGUGGUGUCAUCAGACUGUACCGAGAGUGGAAUAACACAGAUUCGGCUACUAUUGAUUAUGACGAUGAGAACGAGGAUCCAGACUCUUCAGUUGUGGAUGGCGAUACCACAAUGGUCUCGCUAGUGGCAGUGCCCAGCUACUUCACUGCAACCGACCUUUUGGGAUUUGUAGGUGAGAAUGCAAGGCAAAAUGUGUCACAUUUUAGACUCAUCCGAUCCCAGACACCAAACAGGUUCAUGGUGUUGAUGAAGUUUAGGGACGAGACUAACGCCAAUUUGUUUCUGGAAGAGUAUAAUGGCAAAAACUUCAAUUCAAUGGAGCCUGAAACCUGCAGUGUGAUUAAGGUGAACAGAGUAUUGUUUAGAAGCCACUCAGGAUCCACAAAGAAUACUGCUUCUGACUCUAAAGGCUCCACAAGUCUGCCAUUUCUUCUCCAGGAUCCAUUCACGACGCCUUCUCCCAUACAGACUGAAGCUCUUUCAAAGCCUCUGCCACCUCCACAGCUUGUUCUUACAGAGCUUCCUACAUGUCCGGUAUGUUUGGAGCGCAUGGAUGCCAGUGUGACAGGACUACUGACUAUUCCGUGUCAACAUACAUUCCAUUGCCAGUGUCUAUCCAAAUGGCGCGACGACAGUUGCCCUGUCUGUAGGUAUACAAGUCGAUUUGAGAAGUUUAAGGGUGAUGGUGAUGAACAGGAGCAAUGUACUGAGUGUCAUAGCACUGAGAACCUGUGGAUGUGUCUAAUUUGUGGUAAUGUCGGAUGCAGCCGAUAUGACUCUGCGCAUGCUGUUGAUCAUUUUGACCGCACGGCACACUGUUUCGCUUUGGACAUCAAUUCGCAAAGGGUAUGGGAUUAUGCAGGGGAUAAUUAUGUCCAUCGUCUACUACAAAACAUGUCUGACGGAAAGCUAGUGGAAUUACCUUCCAGAGACGAGAAGGUGAAAGGUGAUUCAGCAGUGGCAGGAUCAUCAAAUGGCUCCUCCGAUCAUGCAAAGCAUGAGAAGAUAACUCUGGAAUAUACCAAAUUGCUUACAUCUCAGCUGGAGUCACAACGAGAGUACUUUGAAUCGGUGCUGAGUAGGCGAACCGAGACUGUGGAGGCCAAAAUCGAACAGCUGGAGCAAAGGCACUCCGAUUACGAAGAGGAAUUGUCGAAAACAAAAGCCAGGCUCGAGAAGUAUCAAAGUCUUACCAAUGAGUUCAGAAACAAGUAUGUUCACGAAAAAGUUCUUUCGAAAGCACUCUCGGAGAAGAUAGAUUUUCUUGAGAAGGAGAAAACGGAGCUCAAAAAGAGUAACGAAGAUUUACAGGAGCAGGUUAAUGACGUGAUGUUUUAUUUGAAAGCCCAAGAAACAUUCAAAGAUGCGGACGAAGACGUGAAAGAAGGCCAGAUUGUGAUGAAAGAGUCAGCAAAGAGCAAAAAGAAAGGUCGCAGUAAAAGAUAG